CCCAGCUCUAAAUAAUCUUGUUCACUCCGCUUCACCAGGCUCCAGGGUUUCUGCUUCACUGUCCUCCUUUCUCCGCCCGCCACACUCAAAGAUUAAUAAUUUUUGAGCCAAUAAAAUGGUACGGCCUUAUGCUUUAAAAGGGAAGAAGCGGAAGAAGAGAGAGGAGAAAUAUGAUAGAGAAGAAGAAGAAGAAGAAGUGGAAGAGAAAGAAUCAGCAAAACGAGCUUCUAUUGAAAAGCCAACAAAGGAAGCCGAAGCCGGUGCAGAUGAACUUGUUGGAAUCCCAAUUUCCCCCGGUGAUCAAAUAACCAACAAACAUGGGGUCAUUUUUGUUCUUGAGAAGGCUUCUUUGGAAGUUGCUAAAGUUGGAAAGAGUUACCAACUCUUGAACUCGGAUGAUCAUGCCAAUUUCUUGCGAAAAAAUCACAAGAAUCCUGCUGAUUACAGACCUGACAUUGUUCAUCAGGCUCUUCUAGCGAUUUUAGAUAGCCCGGUCAAUAAGGCUGGGAGAUUGCAAGCCGUGUAUGUUAGAACCGAGAAAGGUGUACUUUUUGAAGUUAAACCCCAUGUUCGAAUUCCAAGAACGUAUAAGCGGUUCUCUGGUAUCAUGUUGCAGCUGUUACAAAAACUAUAUAUAACUGCUGUUGGUAAGCGCCAGAAACUUUUACAGGUGAUAAAGAAUCCUGUAACCAAACAUUUUCCUGUCAACUCUCGCAAAAUUGGUUUCUCGUAUAGCUCAGAGAAAUUGGUUAAAAUGAGAAAAUAUGUUGAUACUGUUGGUGAUGAUGUGAACCUUGUUUUUGGGGUGGGCGCAAUGGCCCAUGGGAAAAUAGAGACAGAAUAUACCGAUGAUUGUAUAGCAAUUUCAGGUUAUCCACUAAGUGCAGCUAUGUGCAUUGCAAGGAUUACCGAAGCUUUGGCAGAUAAAUGGAAUAUAUUGUAAACCCUUUAACACUUGUAUGUCUCUGUCUCAAUAAUAUUGUGACACCCAGAAAUUUUUGGGGAUAAAUAUUAGUGUUAAAUUAUUCAUUAUGUAGUACAUUUGACUAAAAUACAGUAGUUUGCUGGAAUAUAAGUUUUUGAUUUAGGUAAUAUGGAAGCUUUAUCAAUAUGAUUGCUUCUAUACAUUUUUUGAUUGACCCGACGGUGAAGAGAAUAUGGAAUUUUUUUUUUUUUUUGGGAUACUUGAGGAUAUCGGGAUAUGAACUCUAAAAAGUUUUAUGAUGGUAUGUGCGUAGAAUGUAAAGAGGUAUGUGAUAAAAGUGUUUGUAUUGUAUGCAAAAGUUA